AGAGUUGGACAAAAACUUGCAUAUAUAAAUAGACAACCUACUACUGUGGCUUUAAACACAAAAAUAGUAAUCGAGAAAAUAGAAGGGAACACUAACAACAAUUGUACAAUAAUGGUUGUUGUAAUGGGCAUGGGAGUAAUUUUAGGAUUGUUUGUAGUAGCUUUUAUAGUGCAAAUGGUAAAUGCUUUAGUAUUGAAGCCAAAAUGGCAAGAAAAAUGGUUAAGGAAGCAAGGAAUUGAUGGAACUACUUACCAAUUAUGGGGUGGUGAACAAGAUAAGCUAAAGCAAUUGAAGAUUAAAGGCAUUACUUCCAUGCCUAAAACUCCAACUCAUGAUAUUAUAUCAUGUUCCAAUCCUAUUGAGUCCCAUUUAAUGAAGAUUUAUGGUAAAAUGUUCUUUUAUUGGACGGGGACAGUGCCAAGAAUAGUGCUGAUGGAACCAAAAUUGAUCAGAGAAAUGUUAACGAAUAAGUCCGGAGAAUUUCGUAAACCAGAAAUCAAUGGCUUCACCAGACUCUUUGUUGCUGGUGUAUCAUCUUUGAAUGGAGAUAAAUGGGUCAUGCAUAGAAAGUUGCUCAGUCCAGCCUUCCAUAUGACAAAGUUACAGGGAAUGGUGCCAUCGAUACAAAAAUGCACACUAGGAAUGAUUUCGAUAUGGGAGGGAGUUCUAGGAGCAAAUAAUUCAUGUGAAAUUAAUGUUUUCUCAGAAUUUAAAAAAUUAACAGCAGAUGUCAUAUCAAAUGUGGCAUUUGGCAGCAAUUAUGAAGAAGGAAGUAGUGUAUUUCAACUCAUGAAUGAGCAAUCAAAGUUACUUGCAAAAAUGUACUAUAUGGCGACAUUUCCAUUCUUAAGGCAUUUGCCUACGAAAACAAAUGCAAGGAUGAAACAAAUCCAAAAAGAAGUGACAAUUGCAUUGAAAGGAAUCAUUCAAAAGCGCACGAGAGUCAUGGAAAAGGAUGGAAUUGUGAAGGAUGAUUUGUUAGGAUUGAUGCUACAAUCAAAUCUUAACAGCCAGCUAGAGGGUAAAGGAUUGACAUUACAAGAGCUUAUCGAAGAAUGUAAGCUAUUCUACUUUGCUGGGCACGAGACGACUGCGAAUUCGCUCACUUGGGCUAUUGUAGCUUUAAGCAUGCAUCAAGAUUGGCAAGAAAAGACAAGAGAAGAAGUACUUAAACUUCUUGGCCGUGAACAAGCACCUUCCUUUGAUGACUUAAGUCGUCUCAAAACGGUAACCAUGGUUUUGCAAGAAACAUUAAGGCUAUAUCCGCCAUCGAGCAUAAUCCGAACCACGGGUCAGAAAGGGGCAAAAUUGGGAGAUAAACAACUCCCUGGUGGUGCCCAUGUUUUCAUCCCAACACCAUGCCUUCAUCGAGAUGAACAAGUGUGGGGAAAAGACGUACUUGAGUUCAACCCUAGUAGAUUCUCCGAGGGGGUUUCAAAGGCAUCCGAUAAAGAUCCGGCUCCAUAUUUCCCUUUCGGGUGGGGCCCAAGGGUUUGCAUUGGGCAAAACCUAUCCAUGCUUGAAGCUAAGAUGGCUUUGUCUAUGUUGCUUCAACGCUUUUCCUUCGAGCUUUCACCUUCUUAUAAUCAUAUGCCUUAUUUUAUGAUGACCCUUCAACCUUUACGUGGUGCACAAGUCAUUAUUCGUAAGCUAGCUUAGUUCAAUUGGUGAUGGUCUUUCUAAGCAAUGAGAACAUAAAAUAUAGUAUAUCACUAGGCUGUCUUUAAUUGUUUGCUCACAAAAAUUGCAAUAUUCCUCAAAUAAUGUAUGUAAUGUAUUGCUGUUAAUUUUCCUUAA